AUGGCAGGAGUGAAUCUGCUCGGUCCAUCUCUUGCGUCUGGCCUGGUGGAAUCGUCGACGGCACACGACGGCCAGCUCAUCUUGGUGUCGACUCCUAGAACCGGAGACCUUCAGCUCCUUCUGAUUUCUUCUGAGGCCUCAAGCUCUGCUAUGAAUCGACAACCGACAUCCUUUCCCCUUCGGAGACGCUCAAACCCUUUAAUCAAACCUCGUCUCCAAUCAUCUAGGACUCUUGCCUUUGAAGUUAGCAUCUUGAAUGACCUCGGCAUUAUGAUCCAGUCCAUUCGGAACUGUGAUUACCGAAGUGUCUUCAUGCUCCCUUCUUCAAUCCGACUGAUUCAUAAGCCCGUUAAACCGCCUCUCAUCAACUUUUUGAAGUUCACACCAAAAAACCUGAAGAUUAGUGGCAUUAUGAUCCCAAUUCAAAGUAGUUGGGGUUACCACAACAUCCUCAAGCGUUUCACCCCUGAGACUAAGACCUCAACCAACCCCAGCUCUAUCUUCAAUCAGAGCACUCCUAACCCUGCUCCAACCCUUGGCAAAGCUCUCCUUCGGGUAGACAUCCUCAUUCCGGUGAGGUUCUCAGCUUUAGUCUUCUCAACACUACUUAGUCUUCGAUCUAAGACAAUGGUCAUCUUCUCCUCCAUCGAAGUAUUCAUGGAAGAAGCAUCGUUAUUUCUUGACCUCACAAAGAACAACAAAACAGGGAUGAAGAAUNCAAACGAUGAUCCGCAAAUUCUCCUUCUGCGUUUAUCCAGUCAAUCUCUGUGUAGCUUUAUGGAACCAUCUGUUCGAAGACUGCAUUUGGAUGAUAAACUGCCUUUGUUGAUAGUUUGGUUAAAGAUUUUAUUAGACAACCUGUUAUUAGAAUCAUCUAGGACUCUUGCCUUUGAAGUUAGCAUCUUGAAUGACCUCGGCAUUAUGAUCCAGUCCAUUCGGAACUGUGAUUACCGAAGUGUCUUCAUGCUCCCUUCUUCAAUCCGACUGAUUCAUAAGCCCGUUAAACCGCCUCUCAUCAACUUUUUGAAGUUCACACCAAAAAACCUGAAGAUUAGUGGCAUUAUGAUCCCAAUUCAAAGUAGUUGGGGUUACCACAACAUCCUCAAGCGUUUCACCCCUGAGACUAAGACCUCAACCAACCCCAGCUCUAUCUUCAAUCAGAGCACUCCUAACCCUGCUCCAACCCUUGGCAAAGCUCUCCUUCGGGUAGACAUCCUCAUUCCGGUGAGGUUCUCAGCUUUAGUCUUCUCAACACUACUUAGUCUUCGAUCUAAGACAAUGGUCAUCUUCUCCUCCAUCGAAGUAUUCAUGGAAGAAGCAUCGUUAUUUCUUGACCUCACAAGUUCCAAAACCCUUGCAAGGAGUUGGUGCAUAGCUCUCAAGUCUACAAUUUCGAUGACCCUUAUCUAUUUUUAUCUCUUUGUUGUAUUUGCUUUGGAGAUUGUCUUACUUUGCUGUUUCUUAAAACUCUGAUCUUCGUGCUAUAUGUUGUAUUCUAUUUUAAUGGAAUGAAACAUAUCUUUAUUAAA